AUGUCUAUCCCUUCAAACUACAAGAGAAUUGUUUUAAACAAUGCUCCAACUAAUGAAGUCAACUUAAAAUAUGGUGAAGAAUCAUCCACAUUCAGAAUCGAAGAAGCAACCUUCGAUGAGAACUCAAUUAAAGAUGGAGAAAUAGUUGUGAAGGUUUUAUAUAUUUCCAAUGACCCAACUCAAAGAGGAUGGAUGCAAAAGGGACUUGAUGCCAAGAGAAUGUACGCACCACCAAUUUUAGAAAACGACCCAGUCACUGCAUUAGGGUUAGGUGAGGUAGUUCUUUCUAAAUCUAGCAAGCAUUCGGUUGGUGAUAAAGUUACCGGCCGUUUUUCGUGGCAAGAAUAUGUUGUUGUCAAUGAACAACUGAUUUUCACAACUAUUGACGAAUCCGCAGGUUUGCCUUUAACUUCAUAUUUGGCUACUGUUG